AUGUCUGAUAAUUCACGUCGUCAACCACCACCAGCGCCUCCGCUGCCGCCUCCUCUCCAGAGUGAAAGUUCGAAAGAAUACCCCUUUGCAUUAAAGGUGAGAAACGCGCCUGAACACUGGUUCUACCGUCCUCCCAGACCUUCAGGCCAAGCCGAUCUCCUCGAACCGCCAACGGGGCCGUACUUCGUCUACGGAACAUUGAUGGACCCAAAAAUGCUAGCCGAUGUCCUCAGACUGGAAGAAAAACCCAAACUACGAUCUGCCAAGAUCGUGGGCUACUCGAAAAAACUCUGGGGACAGUAUCCUGCCUUACAAAACGGCCCACAGGAUGCAGAAGUCAGUGGCGCUGUAUACCAUGUGCAGUCUGCUGCUCACGCGAAGAGGUUGGCGGAGUACGAGACCAAUAGCUACAGAGCCAAGCCAUGUCUUAUUCAGUAUACAUAUGGAAAGAAACCUGCUGAGGAGUUUGGCCAUGUUUUCAUGUUCGUCGGUAAUCCAAGGGAUUUACAAGAGGGAGAGUUUGAUCUAAAAAGAUGGUUGAAGCGGGUGGGACGGUCGUCUUGA